AAGAAGCUUGGUAUUGUUGCUGUAAUGCUUUGCCACAAGACAUUACAUGUUUGGCCGCAGACCGCAUGUUGAUAUUUGCUUCAUACGACAAUAUUCUCCAUGCUUUUGCCAGGAACAAAGAGGUGGUUCAUACCUAUGAAGGUCACAAGGCAAGGAUACACCUUCUGCAGUCUUUUGGUGAUCAUGUCAUCUCUGUGGAUGUUGAUAAUGUUCUUAUUGUUUGGAAUAUACAGUCAGAAGAGGAGUAUCUUCGAGUGGAUUUUGAUAAGGCCACUUUUGCAGUUUCUGCAGUUCUGCAUCCGAGCACCUAUUUGAAUAAAAUUCUCCUUGGGAGUGAACAAGGGAGCUUGCAGCUAUGGAAUAUAAGAUCCAACAAACUCUUAUACUCGUUUGCAGGGUGGCACUUAGCAGUCACAAGUCUUGAACAGGCUCCAGCAGUGGAUGUUGUUGCAGUUGGUCUUGUAUCUGGUCAUAUCAUUGUACAUAAUAUUAAGUUUGAUGAAACUCUGAUGAAAUUUCAACAAGACUGGGGUCCUAUCACAGCAAUAUCUUUUCGUACAGAUGGACACCCAGUAAUGGCAGCUGGUAGCCCAAUUGGACACAUUGCUUUGUGGGAUCUAGAAGAGAAGAAACUAAUGUGUCAGAUGCAAGAUGCCCAUUCCACAGCAAUAGCUGGUAUGUCGUUUGUCCCUGGAGAGCCACUUCUUAUUACUAAUGGUGCUGAUAAUGCUAUACGGGUCUGGAUUUUCGAUGGACCUGGUGGUACAGGACGUGUACUAAGAAGCCGAGUGGGACAUAGUGCACCACCAACAAAAAUCAGAUACCAUGGGCAAAAUGGAGAGCAAAUUCUUAGUGCAGGUCAAGAUGGAACAUUGCAGUCUUUUUCAACAGUGCAUGAAAAGUUCAAUAGAAGUUUAGGACGUGGUUCAAUUAACAAAAAGAAAUCAAAAAAGAAAGGUCUUAAGCUUGAUACGAUGGCACUUCCUCCAAUUACAGCCUUUGCUUCAGAGGUGGCACAUCAGAGUGACUGGGAUAGUAUUGUUGCCUGCCAUCAAGGGUAUAUAACCUGUACGACCUGGAACUAUCAGAAAGCUUCAAUGGGAGCCCACAAACUGAGGCCAGAAGAAUUUAGCAAACACAAACCUAUUGAUAUAUAUGCAACAGCAGUUGACAUUACCUCAUGUGGGAACUUUGCUGUAAUUGGGCUGUCAACUGGACAGGUAGAUGUGUAUAAUAUGCAGUCUGGCAUUCACAGAGGGCGUUAUGGCAAAGAAAGAGCACAUGAAGGAGCCAUUAGGGGGGUAGCAGUGGAUGGAUUAAACCAGCUGGUAAUCACAGCUGGUAGCGAAGGAUUAAUUAAAUUUUGGAAAUUCAAAACUAAAGAUCUAGUUUACUCCACUGAGCUUUCUUCUCCAAGUGGAAUUCUGCUUCACAGAGACAGUGGUAUUCUGGGAAUUGCCUUUGAUGACUUCAGUAUUAGUGUUUUGGAUAUAGAAACCAGGAAGAUUGUCAGGACGUUCUCAGGACACCAUGGACGGAUUAAUGACAUGACUUUCAGUCCUGAUGGUCGUUGGCUAAUAACUUCAUCAAUGGACUGUACCAUUAAGACUUGGGACCUUCCCUCUGGAUGCCUCAUAGACUGUUUUUUGGUAGACUCUGCAGCUGUGAGCCUAACUAUGUCUCCUACAGGAGAUUUUCUAGCUUCAACACAUGUGGAUGAUCUUGGAAUUUAUUUGUGGUCCAACCGUUCUCUGUAUUCACUUGUCUCUUUACGGCCCCUUCCGGCAGAUUAUGAACCUUCUAUGGUGACACUCCCUAGCACCUGCCCUGUGCAAGAUGUGGAUGUGGCAGGAGAUGAAGAAACAUGUGAUGAGAUGAUAGAGUAUGUCUCACCUGAGCAAUUGGGAGAGCAGCUGGUUACCCUUUCCUCAUUACCGGAAUCAAGGUGGAAAAAUCUCCUCAGUCUUGAUGUUAUUAAGAAAAAAAAUAAACCAAGAGAGCCACCAAAAGUUCCGAAGUCAGCCCCUUUCUUCAUCCCAACGGUUCCUGGUCUUAUACCCCGAUACAUUGCUCCAGAGGAAGAAAAUGAUACACAGUCAAAAGUAGUAAACCUUGGAGUACUGGCACAGAAAUCUGAUUUCUACAUUCAUCUCGAAGAAGCCCUGAGCACUAAUGAAUAUACAGCUCCACUUAACUUACUGAAAAGCUUGGGACCAUCUAAUAUUGAGAUAGAACUAAGGGGUUUGGCUCCUGAAGGUGGUGGCUCAGCCGAGGUGAUGCUAAGCUUUUUGAGAAUGAUUGGGAUGAUGCUGAACAAGAAGUACAACUUUGAACUUGCUCAGGCAUACCUUGCACUAUUUUUAAAGUUACAUCUUAAGAUUCUCUCAUCAGAGCCAAACCUGUUGGAAGAAGUGUCCAGAUUGUCAGCACAGCUCGAGGAAACUUGGAUUCAUUUGCGGACUCUCUUCAAUCAGAGUCUGUGUGUGUUAACAUACAUGAAAAGUGCUUUGCUGUAAAAUACUUAAGGGUUUUGUCUGCAUAAGAUUCCCCUCAGAAUAACAGUACAAUUUAUUACCAAAAAUACUGGAUUCCAGGAAUUAUAUUGGAAUUCUGCUUAUGGCAAAGUGUUUUAGAACAUACAUAACUGAGUAUUUUUAUUCACCUGCAGUCAGAGCAAAAAUUAAUACGUGCAGCUUAAAUAUUCAUGUUGUAUUAAUUUGUGCUGUGUGAACAAAGAGUUGGACAGCUAUAGGUAGUGUAGCUAUUUACAUCAUGUUUUCGUGACCAAAAACAUAAAUCAGAAUGAAGAAAUGACUUGCCAAAAAAUAAAAGCGGGAAUGUAAUUUCUGUACAGGAGACCAACACCUGUAUUCUGUUCAGGAGACCAAAACCUAUAAUGAACAAUUACUGUUGAUGCAAAACCAAAAAAGUCUGCAUUAUUAACAAUUUAUUAACAUUAAUUUAAAUCAAAUUAAUAUAAAAAUUUUCUUUUCACUUUGGCAAGCUGUGUUUGCUAUUUUUCCCCACACAACUGUUUCUGAAAGCAAAUAUUUCUAGCUGCACUACAAAUGGUGGAACUUUAAAAAAAUAAAACUAUACCAAAAAAACCCACCCAUUUUUUUAUAACCAGGUUUGUUGCUCUAAUUUUGGAGGCUCAAUUUCUUAUGCAAAUUAGGAAUAUUUUCUUAAGGGGAUAAAGAUUAUUGGAAUAAAAGCUUUGAGUUAUGGAAAAAUUUUAAUUGAAUCAAAUGUUAUUUUUGUGAAUUGAUAGGUUUCAAAUAAUAAGGUUUGGGCAGAGUUUGGGAACUCACAAAUGGGAUUAUCUUAAAAUUUAAAUUUUGGUGUUUGAGAGUACUGCCUCACAGCCAGAGAAUCUCCUGAACAAGGCCUUUGCUGUAUUACACAUGGUUCAGCUGCAGACAUAGACUAACAGGGUAACUAAUACAAAUGUAUGAAAUUUUGAUAAGACGACUUGAAAGAUGGAUUAAUUUCAUUUGGCCUAAGACUGAAACAACAGUGCUGUGUUGCUGUUCUAUAUGUGUGGGGUUGUUUUUUUAAUGCCAUCGUAUUAUGGAACUCUUUUUAGUCAUGUAUCCUGUAACAAAUCAUCUGCAAACCCAUGCAUGCACUGUAGAGUAUGGAAUACUGCCUGAAACAAGUGACAAUUCCAUAUGUAUCGUGGGAUCAGCAUCCUUUUGGCUGCUCAAAUUUGCAAGAAGAGUUGUCAGGGUUAUCAAAGCAGUGCACAGGUGUUAGGAAGUCAGCUUUUACAGCUUCUCUGUGUUCUGGCUAUUCUUUAUCUGUAAUUUUGACUCAUGUUAAAGCUUGAAGAGAACAGAGAAACGUUACGGAAGUUUACAUACUGUGGCAUUCUAGUGAGUUAGGACUGAGAAUGCAGAGUCCAUGUGAAUGUUGUAUACCUGAAGGGUUUUUUGUGAGUUUACUACUGAGAUUUAAGAAAAUCCUUUGUACCAUAGAAUGACUAGCUUCUGGUGAUAUGGUUGUCAAGAACCCAUUACUCCCAAUUUCUUGAGUGGAUCUGAAGCAGUCUCAAAUCGCACAAAUGUCAAUAUAAUAGAUGAUAAACCUCUGAGCUUCUAAGUGUUGCUGUAACUAAUUUAGAGGAUCUUAAAGAAUAAUUUUUUGAACCAAGAUAUUAGAAUAUUAGAAGAUGAGUAAGUCAGUAGGUGCGGAUUUGCCUCAGUAGAAGAAAGAGCAGUGGAUUAAGAACUUUCCUCUUGGAUCAGAUCAGUCUGUCAAGGCUAGUGUCCUGUCUCGAACAGGAGCAAGGAAUAGAUGGAAAGGGUCUAGCAAACAGAUCAUGUAUGAAGUGAUGCUUUCUCAAGCACAUCGCACCAGCUUUCAGCAGGCAGCUACUUAAGAUACUUCAUGACCAAGCUGUAUUCGAGCAGUUGUUUAAUGCUCUGUGACAGACCUGUUUGUUCUCUGAGUUCAGCUAAUCUCUUCUAGAACCCAUUUAUCCUUCACAACAUCCUGUACUAAUUGGACCUACAAUUUAAUUAAAUACUAAGGGAAAUAAUGUAUUUCUGUUUGUCUACUCCAGACCUGCUAUCUUCUAACGUUGUGUGCGCCUCCUGUUUCUUGAAUGUGAGAAAUAAUCACUGUGCUCUAGUCUUCAGGCUUCACUGCCUCUCAGCCACAGAGCAGUUGUGAAAUGGUUCCUUCUUGUGAAGGAGAUACUUUGUUUUCCUGAGUGUGCACAUGCGGGUUUUUUCCACUGCCAUACAAGAACCUUUUUUGGGCACAGAUGUUUAAAUCUCCCUGUACAUCUGUCUACAAAACUCGUGAGAUUUGUGGAGGAGUGGGUGUUUUGGUUUUGGUUUUUUUUCUGGACUACUUGAUGUAAUUAAUCAGGAGAAAAAAAGAUACUUUUUGCUAAACAGGCCGUUCUUCUGAAAGCAGAACCAGCAAGCUAAUUUUUGCGAACAGUGUGUAUAACACUGUUGACAUAAUAUUUGCAGUCUAGAUGAUCUCAUUAAAUGUGUUAAGGCAGUUUCUUAUAUCAUACACAGAUGUGUUUUAAGUCUACCUGGAACACUUCAAUCAUUUCCUUAAGAAAAUAGUCUUUAGAUGUGAGUGAUAUCCCACCUCCUUUAUUCUUUUGUCUUUUCCUCGACAUUCCUAGUCAUCAUUGCUAUUUCAGGAGCAUUUGACUAUUCUCAAGGAUGGUUCCAGUCUUAACUAAUACCUUUGAUUGCUUCUUAUUCUUAGCCUUUUUUUUGUCCUUUUUUUUCCCCCACAUCAAAAUGGUGAGCAACUUUUUUGCUAUUAAUAACUUCUUCAGGAAAAAAAAAAAAUUUCCACUUGCUAGUGGAUGCAAGUGGAUAUUUCACCCACUACUUCUGGUAUUAUUCCUUCAGCCAAGACACCAAGGACAUUGAUAUCUUGUCAUAUUAGUCAAAAGUUGUUGAUUACAAGUGGUAGGACUUGUUGCAAUUGAAUUUGAUAGGUUGGGCUUCCCAUUACCCAUGAGAACAAACUACCCAUGAGAAUAGGCUUAAGCCUAUUGGCAUUGUAAUGGCUAUAUGCAAGAGGGUGUGCGAAGAAUCAUUAGCUGGAUUACAGGAUAUAGUCCUCGUUAGCCCUAGGCUUUCUUCCAAGCAGGACAACUACUGAAGAGUUUGACAUUCUUGCACAAUGCCAAGCACAUUUUAGGCUGCCUCUGACUAGCAGCUUGCUGUUACAGUUCUCCGUGUUGCUUUGUGUCACAGCGCUUCUCCCAGUUUUUACUCAAGUCUGUUACUCCCCUGUGCCUGCCAGUGUUCCUGUGCUCCGUUUUCACCGUGAUUUUCCCUGCUCUUUUGGCUUCUGCACAUAGCUGCUCCUCUUAGCAACUCCUGUACACAGCGGUCCUGUCAAGUUAGGUCUUGGUACUUCUGUUUUGACUGUGUUGUGCUUUCCAAACUGAUUCGGAACUUGUGGUUGUUUUGACACCAAACUGGUUAGUUGGACUGUGUUCCCUGAAGUUGUUGCUGGCUGGAUUCAAACUCUGAACAGUGAAGGCUGCUGCUCUCUGAGCCGUAAUAAGCCUUCACUGCAAUCUUUACUUUCCUUUUUCUUUCAAGUAAAAAUAGAGGUAAAAAUAGAGGAAAAACAUGCAAAUGUGAAGUGAGAGUAAAUGGAUGCAAAUGUUUACACAUUGUUCAGCAGCCAGCAUAGACAACUGGCUCAAAGCACUUGGAACACUUCAUACAUUCCAAAUUUAACUCUUGCUUCUUCAAAACAAAUGUUAGGAAAGGUCUCAAGUCUGCAAAUUGUCAUAAUGCAAGUGUCAUUGUCCCCGAGUAAGGAAGCUGGAAGAUACUUGCAUUCUGACAAGUAGAAAAGCCAAAGUAUUUGUUGGCAUAUUUGAACUCUGUUGAUAAGCUGUGCUGAGGCAGUUUAGCACUGUUUAAAGAUCACCAAUAUAUAAGUAGUUUCUCCUUUUGACUGUUGACAUCAGCAGAUGUUGCCUGAGCAUGGUAUGUUAGCAUAUCAGUCUUUUCAGCACCUCACCAAUUGUAAAACUUGUGCUUCUCAAGAAUUACUUGUUUGAUGAAAAAUUAUCUUUUUAAAAAAACAAUUUACUGUUUUAGAGGUGAGGAAUCGAAUCAGUGUCUUGCUUGAUGUCAGUGCAAGGAGUCUGCUUUGCUUUUCCAAUAGGUUUGCAGUAUGUGUUAAGAGGAGAAUAAUAUGCUGUUGUUAAAUGUCCGUAGCGCCUGUGCUUUUCUUUUUGUGAAGCAGUGAUAAAUUGAGGAAAGAAAAAUGAAGACCUUAGGAUCUUUCUACCCUGGCUGUUACAUAAUUCCCAAAAAAUGAUUGAGUGAGCUCUCUGGUGCUCUGUUGCACAUCAUAGAGCUUUUCCCGUGGCAGUCUCUGGGAAAUACCUUUUCUCCACCCAUGUGCAUACAGCUAGUUCACAAAACAGCCCAUGUGGCUAAGUGGAGGUGCAUACUAUUGCCCUGACUGUCCAGUGUGUUAAAAGGGCUGUUGUGCUCGCUCCGUGAGCGUUCAGAGUGUGCCUCUGCUAAGGGUCAUCCCCCUGAAGGAUCACACCACCUUGGUGAUUGGCCAAACCUGAAAUCACCCACAGAAUAAAUAAGAAUAAGGUACAAUAAAAUAAUGUGUUUUCAGAAUCUUCACUCAGUUGCUAUGUUUGUAAAGACUAUGGAAAUAAACUUACCUACUUACUUUAGGUCCAGAGGAUUCCUUCAGUCCUGUGUUAGCCUGUAGUGCUAGUUGCCUUACUGCUAUAUAGCUGAAGAUCUAGCACUUACUGUCUCUUGAGUUGCCCGAUGCUGGUCUCGGAGUAAGAUGCGAAUUUAGCAACUCGUCUCAUCUGUUAGCACCCCAAACUCUCUUUGAGGGUUAUUCAGAUCCACGUGUCUCGAAAGGAUUUUAUAAACUCAACUGACUAAAGAAGUGGUUAUGACAUUCUUACAGCCAGUGAUGUUCCCUACUGCUUUGGAAAUCUUUGCAUCUAUUUGGCAUGGCUGGAACUGAAAAGCUAUCAGCCCGCUGUAAUGCAGCAUGUCCCUUCCUCUCAUGUGCAGCGAAGUUUAAAGCCCAGGUAAAUGUGUUCUCAAGAGUGUGUCGGGUUACAUUUUCUGUUGAACAUAAGGUUUGAUCACACAGGGUUGUGCAGCUGGUGGUUGUUCACAUGUGAGAUUAAUCUUUAUAUUUGCCCAUUGCCUAGGGUUGAUGAAAGUGUAAGGGAUGGCUGCCCAGUUCUCUCGGAAAAAUUCCGUUUCAGCAAAAUCAAAAUAAACGUAAGCUAUUUCAGCAGUGCUUACAUCAGUGCUUAAUUGAGAUGGUUUAUUCAUGGUGCUAGAAUAAACAGCAUCAUCUGUACAGAAAUCCCUGCAGCUCCCUUCAUGCUGAUGGCUGAGGAUAACAUCCUGCUGGUGCAUACAGAAAGGGCAGAGGUACUCGAUGGCUUUUCUUGCUUCAGUCUUUGCAGGCAUAAGCCUACUUCCAUUUUCUGCGUGUACCAGCAUCCUUUCAGAAGGAGAGCAGCUGCCAACAGUGGGGGAGCAACAGGUUAGAAGGACUUCAGAGUGUCAGCAGUGCACAGGACUUAGAAGAAAUGCUGUCCAAUAUAAUAGCAUUGCCUAUCAGCUAUAGAAAAGCAUUGUGAUCAGGGAGGUCCCCGGCAACUGGAUUGAGGUUGGUUGUGCCCAUUUUUUAAAAACUGAAGUGGAGGAUCCAGGGAACUAUUGAUGGAUCAAAUUUAUCUCAGUCUUCAAAAACAGUCAUGAAGCAUGUGCUGCAUGUGCUUUUGGAAUCCAUCUACAGUACACAAAGGGCAAGAUGAAGAACAACCAGCAGAGUCAUGAGGGCAAAUCAUGCUUGACCGAGCUGGUUGCCUUCUAGGACAAAAUGACUAGCUAGGCAGACAAUUAUUAUCAUGAAUUUAAUGAUAAAAUUCAGUGCAAGCAUAACAGUAUGUAAUUACUUAAUAGUCCGUUAUUAAACAUGGCAAAUUGCUACUGUUAAAGUCAACAGGCAUGCUGUCACUUAAGAUUUUGCAUAUCCUGGUGCUUGUUCUUGGCAUUCUGUGUGCCAUGUACCAUUUAUACUGCAAGCUGGCUUAUGGGUGAUACUGGGUCUACAGCAUAGAGGUGUGAGUUAUUUUUGCAGUAAUCCAGUAUAAUCAGCAUUACAGAAAUUAAUUUAGUCAUAUUCUAAUUACGCUGAAUGCAUUAUUAUUUUGCUAAAUAUCCCAUUGCAUGGAAGCUCAAUAAAUUAGAUGCAGCAAUGUUGAAUAAUGCUACUGGCAUUCAGUAGAUUUGCAAUGAGGCGCGUAGAAGAAUUAAACUGCCAAGUGAGUUGAAAGUAUUUCAAAUGAAUGUCUGAUAAGAAAAGAUACUGUAAAGUUGGUGGGUGCCGCAACACAUUUGACCAUUUUACCAGUUCUUGCCUUUUAUCCCUGGAGGUUUCAUUCUUGCGUAUCACCACCCUAUUAUGUCCUCUGCUGCAGCUAUAGAUCUUUCUGUAAUAGCUUCUACAGCCUGACUAUUUUAUAACCAUUUGGUAGCAUAAUUUGUGCUUGAGCAAAGACCCUCUUCCUAGGGUACGAGGCACUUAGUCUGGGAAUGGUGAGAGGUCCAAGAAAUACUGUUGAGAGAGACUGUAAAAACACGCAGCCAGCUGAGAAACAGACACAAAGUGCGGGGAACUACAGGCCUGUCAGCCUGACCUCAGUACC